AUGGAGUCCUCGAACGGUGUUGGCCAGGACAACGAAGUCAAAGAUUCAGUGGAGCCGCGUGAAUAUGAGCCACCGGAAGGCACUCAAGAAGCUGCCACCAAGAGCCACGGGUUGGGCAAUAACCCUGACUUCAGUCUGGCGGGCUCUGGCGCCGAAAACCCAGCAAACAAUGCAUAUGUCAGCGAGGAUUAUCAAGCCUACAAUUCUCAAUAUGGCCAAGUGCAGGACACUCCCGUAUGGAGUCUAUCACAACCUCUCCCUCAUAUUGUGAGACCUGGCAUGCGCCACGGUGCUCUGCCAGAGGAUAGGAAAGAAGACAGGCAAGCUGGACAGGAUCCAUCCGCACGAGAGAGGCAGGAUCAGCCCACAGAUCCCAGAAAUGAUGGGUUCUUUAAUACUUGGUCGAAGUUCCGAUAUCAUCUGCGAGAGUCACUGGCUGAAUGGCUUGGGGCUGGAUCAUUUCCUGCGCAAAGUGCCGCCUGGGGAUUCGGAUUCAUGGUAGCCAUCUAUACCACCGGUGGUAUAUCUGGUGGCCACCUCAACCCGGCGAUUACAAUAGCUCUAUCUGUCUUUCGAGGAUUCCCUGCUCGUCGGACUGUGAUAUAUAUUGCUGCGCAACUUCUUGGGGCCAUCACCGCAGGUGGAAUUGCGUAUGCGAUCUAUCAUGAUGCUAUUAUUGAAGUCGCAGCUGCCGCGAAAGUAUCUCAGAGUCAAAGUGUUGCUGCAGAGGCGCUCAUUACUGCCCCAAAGCCAUUCGUCCAUCCAGCAACGGCGUUCUUUACCGAGUUUGUUGGAAGUGCCAUCCUAGUCGGCGCCCUCAUAGCCCUUGGAGAUGAUAACAACGCGCCCCCUGGGGCGGGAAUGAACGCUUUCAUUGUCGGGGUCCUUAUUUCAAUAAUAAUUCUAGCAUUAGGCUACAAUACUGGAGGUUGCUUCAAUUGUGCUCGAGAUUUCGGGCCGAGACUCGUUGCCCUCAUGGCUGGAUGGGGUGGCCAACUCUUCCGGGAAUCGCACGCAUGGUGGGUUUGGGGACCGUGGGGUGCAGAUAUCAGCGGAGCACUAUUUGGGGCCUUGAUUUACGACGCAGUUAUUUUCACGGGUGGUGAAAGCCCGGUGAAUUACCCUCGACGCCGACGAAAGCGGGCUUUACGUGCGAGGAAGGUAAAUUUACGGAAGAAAUUGGGAAUCGGCCGCAAGAAGAUUGAAGAUCUUGAGAAAUCUGUGGCAGAGCUCGAAGACUAA